AUGGAAGCGUUUGAAGGAGCCGUGCAGCGCAAUGCUGUGAAUUUUUCAGGUAGCGGUCAGACGUUCCUCUCCUCCUUCCGAUCCGACCUCAAGGAGACUCUGCUUCCGGACGACCCGUUCCGGCACCUUAAGGGGCAGCCGGCUGGCGCCGUUACAGUGGGAUUGCUCAGGUACUUCGUGCCGAUACUUGAGUGGGCGCCCAGUUACAGUUUUGCCAAGUUCAAGUACGACCUUCUCGCCGGCGUCACCAUAGCCAGCCUCGCCAUACCUCAAGGCAUCAGCUACGCCCGCCUCGCCAACCUCCCGCCCGUCAUUGGCCUCUAUUCGAGUUUCGUUCCGCCAUUGGUCUAUGCGCUGUUCGGUAGCUCCACCAGUUUGGCGGUGGGGACGGUGGCAGGAGCCUCGUUGUUCCUGGCCUCGAUCAUCGGAAGUGUAGCCUCGGCCACCGAAGACCCGCAGUUGUAUUCCAACCUCUUCUUCACGGCCGCUUUCUGCACUGGAGUCAUCGAAGCAGCGUUAGGGAUUCUCAGAUUAGGGAUAUUGGUGGAUUUCUUGUCGAGAUCGACCAUUACUGGCUUCAUGGCUGGCACAGCCUGCAUUGUGAUUCUCCAGCAGUUGAAGGGCUUCCUUGGACUGCUGCAUUCCACUCACAGGACUGAUGUGGUUUCAACUUCGCAGUCGCUUUUCACCCAAACAAACCAGUGGAGAUGGCAGAGUGUGGUGCUUGGAGUUUUCUUCUUUGGAUUUUUGCUCCUAACUAAGCAUAUAAGAAACAAAAUCCCUAGACUAUUUUGGUUGCCAGUGAUUGCUCCACUGAUUGUGGUCGUAGUUGGAUGUGUUUUCGCAUAUCUUGUGCAUGCAGAGGAUCAUGGAAUUCAUAUAGUUGGUCCUCUGAAGAAAGGACUCAAUCCAAUCAGUAUAUCUGAUUUAAAUUUCCAAUCUAAAUACCUUAGCACUGUCUUGAACGCCUCUCUAAUGGCAGCUUUCCUAGCACUUUCGGAAGGAAUUGCAGUUGGUAGGAGCUUGGGAAUUCUGAAAAAUGAGCAAACUGACGGGAACAAAGAGAUGAUAGCUUUUGGGUUGAUGAACAUUCUUGGCUCCUUUUUCUCAUGCUACUUAACUACCGGUCCAUUUUCAAGGUCAGCAGUUAACUAUCAUGCAGGAUGUAAGACUCAAAUGUCUAAUGUGAUUAUGGCUAUUUGUAUGAUGCUGGUGUUGCUGUUCUUGGCACCUGUUUUCGAAUAUACGCCUCUAGUAGCUCUAUCUGCCAUAAUUACUAUUGCAAUGAUCGGUCUCAUCGACUACGAAGAGGCUUACCGCCUCUUCAAGGUGGAUAAGUAUGAUUUUUGCAUUUGCAUGUCUGCUUUCCUUGGAGUUGUAUUCUUCAGCAUGACUAUUGGACUACUAGUUUCUGUCAUGUUGUCGAUUCUGCGUGCACUAUUGUAUGUGGCUAGGCCAACUAGUUGCAAGCUAGGGAAUAUAGCAGGAACCGAAUUGUAUCGCGAUGUAAUGCUAUAUCCGAACUCGAAACUUCUCUCAGAAACUUUGAUCAUAGAGUUGGGUUCUCCUAUUUACUUUGCUGCCGCUGGAUAUCUCAAAGAACGGAUUCUAAGAUGGGUCGAAGAGGAAGAGAACAUUGCUAAUAAGGAUGAACAUUUGAAGCAUGUUAUUCUUGACAUGGGAGGUGUGACUGCCAUUGACAACACCGGCAUUGGAAUGUUAUUUGAUGUUCACAGAAAUUUGCAAAAGAAAGAGAUCAAGAUUUCUUUGGUGAAUCCUAGACCAGGAGUUGUAGAGAAAUUGAUAUCGUCUCGCUACAUCGAAAUAAUUGGUGGCGAAGAACGCGUAUUUCUUUCGAUUAAGGAAGCGAUCGCAUUGAGUCACUUCUCUUGA